AUGAGAGUCGGUUUUGAUUUCAUGGCUUACGGUUUUGAUUGCUGCCAUCGCUCAAUUGAUUUUCCACUAAUGCCACGCGAUUGGCACAACCCAAAAAAAAAAAUAAAAGUGAAAUUGCAAAGCAGAGAUGCCGCCACCAGUAGCUGCAGCAGCACCAAUGGCACUGGCAGUGGCAGCUGCUGA